AUGGGUGAUGACUAUGAUGAUUUUUCAAAUAGAUACGCGAACGCAGAAAUUGUUGGAAGUGCACCGGUUGGUAAUAGUAAAUGGUUCGCUCUGGGUAAUAGUAAAUGGUCUGCUCUGAAAAGGAAAAAAAUUAAUAUAGAAAGCUCACAUUCUAAAGAGUUUGCAAGAGAUGAAUUUAAAACCGCCUCUAAGAACCUUUCUUUAGAGAAUUUAAUGCCUCACAAGUUUAAUCACAAUGAAAACAUGCUUAGUAUUGAGCAAAGCCACGAAUCUUUUAAAUUUGGUGCGAUGGUUUCAAAUGGUAAUUCACCUCUCUUGUCACCAAGAACCAGUUUGUUAACAAUGGCUUUCAACGCAGAAUCACAAAAUGCGCAAGCUACAAAGGUGGAUUCGUAUUUUGAUGUAUCUACUAUUAAUUCGUCACACACAUGUGCAAAUGAUGAAAAUAUACCAUUUUCAGAAUCUUCAGAAGCAAGUUCAAAAUCUCCACUAUCCAUAAGUCUUGAAAAUAACUUACCUCAAAAUCAUAAUUCUUUUACGCCGAAAUUUUCGUCACCAUUAGCGAUUAGUACGCCAAUAACGGCGUCAAGUGAUGAUCAUGAUGUCAUACAAAAUGCUAAGAAUGAUGAUAAUGUCGAAGAAUUCACAAAUUUAGAUUCUGCUCAAAAUAUUCGUGAUGAACAAAAAAAUGUUAAUAUUCAAAAUGCUUAUAAUCGACAAACGUCUCCUGAGAUUACAAACCCGUCUUUGCCUCCAAUUAAAGAGGAAUUAUCCAAAACUCACCAGAAUUCAUUACAUCCUGUCGUCAAAAACACCGUUUUUGAUUCGCCUAUUUGUGUAAAAUCUACGCAUUCGCGUGAACCUUCAAAUUCAUUGCAAAAUUUAUUUAUAAAUCCAGCUGCUGAGUUAGGUAGUGAAAAUCUAUCAGAGAAGACAAAAGUCAUGGAUCAAACGAGCGAUAAUUGUUCUUACGAUGAUAUUAAUCAAAGAGAAACUAUUUUGUCUGGCAAAUUUAGUUUAGCAGUAAAGAAAAGUUGGAAUAAUGAAUUUAUUGAGGCAGAAGAAAUAUUGAUAAGACGUAAAGAUGGAAUUCCAAGAUGGAGCGCUGCUUUUGCUGAAGUGCAAUUAGUUAAACAUCUAAUGACUGGACAAGCUGCAGAGUAUCAGGAUCCAGAGUUAACAAAUUCACUAAGCGAGGCCGAAAAGUUAGCUAACAAGGUUUGUGAGAACAAGGAUGACUUUGAAACAACAUUUGCUAUGUUCAUAAAAGAUGUUUGGAAAACUGAUAUAAAGCCAGCAAAUACACCUAGCGAAGAUGAAGCCGAAUUGGCUUCUCUUCGUUUAAAUUAUAGAUGGGAUUGCGAGUUGGCGAUGGCCGAUAUUCUACUUUUCCGGUCUGUUUUGCAAGUUACUGGAGGUAACGAGAUUAAAGGAGCGUUAAAUUUACAUAGAGCAUGGAAACUUUAUUCCAAAGUUAAAGAUGAAGUUGAUCGAAUUAAAGGCGAAUUAAAUAAAAAUUUGCAUAAAAAGGAACCUAAUAGUUCAAAUAGUAAUAAUGGUAAUCUAUGGGGUUUUAUGGGAAUAUCCAAUAUGGUUAAAUUCGGUGUCCCUACACAGGAGAAAUCAGGUGUACACGACACUGUCAGCUCGAUAAAAAUCGAUCCUGAUAUUGAGGAUUGUCUCGAGUUUGGAAUUGGAAUUUUUUAUUUUAUUCUUUCAAUCGUUCCUGGUUCGUUUCUGUCUAUCCUAAAAACAUUUGGUUUUAGCUCUGAUCGAGAGCAAGCCAUUCGCAUGUUGGAAAAUUGCUAUUCUCGUAAUUGUGUUCGAGCCCCUUUUGCUGCAUUCUUUCUUCUUGUAAAUUACCUUUUCUUAUCUCGAGGAAUUGCUGAUUCUACACCAUCAUUGAACAGAGCUGGUAUAAUCGUAAAAGAAUGUGUUAAUAAAUAUCCAAACAGUUCACCAUUCUUAUUUAUGGCUUGUCAACAAGCCCGUAAAGCAGGCAAUCUUAAUGAAGCAAUAAAUUAUAUAACAACUAGUGUCAGAAGUUGUGAAAACGUUGGUGCCAUCAGUACACACCAUCGGUUUGAAAUGGGAAUGACAUAUUUAAUGAACUUAGACAUUUCAACAACAAAAGACAUAUUUGAAUUACUGUUUUAUGGUAAUACCAUAGUUUUCACUGGAAAGAAAGGAUCAAUAAGACUUCGAGGAUCAGUGAAAGAUUCCAUUCAUUUUACUUCUCGUGACGGCAGUACGAAUAAAGAUAAACCUUUAUUACAACUUUUUGAAUUCGAACUGAGACCAUUUUGUGGAUUAUGUUUGGCCGGGUGUUACUUUAUGAAGUCUAGAGAAGGCAUGACUAGAGAAGCCUUGGAUGUUUUAAAACAAACUCAAACAAUGACUAAUCCUUCAGCAGAUAAUAAUAGUAAUAGUAUUGCUAGCAGUAUUGGAUUAUUAGGAACCAGUGCGAGUGGAUUGGUAGGAUUUGGAAAUGGUACUUCCAGUGAUAAAAAGGAACCAAAGGCGAAUCGUUAUAACAAAUUUGCCGGUCGUUACGCUGCAAGUAUUAAUAAAAAUUUUGGUUCACCAUUCUUAUUAUACAUCAUUCUAUAUCUUCGAAGAGAUAUUUUUUAUAUGUCUCUGGAAUUGAAAAAACGAUGGGCAAAUUUGUUGGAAACUAUAUGGACGAAAAUCCAGAAGCCAACUGAUCCUGAUGUACAUGCAGUAUACUUGCUCAUUCGCGGCGUCUUUGAAAAAUUCCUUAAUGGUGAUCCUACAAUUGCUCAAAUGACACUCUGUGAGUGUUUAACUUUUGAAGUUGACAUUGUUAAUGAGACUUGGGUUAUACCCCAUUGUAGAUAUGAACUUGGUGAACUGUUUUAUAAAAAAUUGGGAGAUCAAGAUGCGGCCAUGGAACAAUUUCAAUGUAUAUUAAAAGGUUCAAGGUCCACAUCUCGCAGUGGUAUGGUCGCACGUCGAGAUAGUAAUGUAUCAGUGGGUUCAAAAUCAUCAACUGAUUCUAACGCUAAUAAUCCGGAUAAGUUUAAAAAAUAUGAAUUUAUUAAAGCUUUAAAACAACGAUGUACCUUAGCAGUUGAACAAAUUCGUAGCGGAACAUUACCGCCUACAAAUGUAUUAACACAAUGUUCGCCGCAACAUUCAUCUUUGUCACAAAUGCGUCAUAAUAGAAAAAAGAGUGGAUCGAAUUCAAGCUUGUUGAAAGAUCUUCAAGAACAGAUGUUUCAAAGACAAUUGAUACACACAACGGAUAGUAAUAUUCAAGACAGUUGUUUGGAUGAAAAGAUUACUGAGGAUGAAGGAAUUGUACUUAAUACUAAUGAAUCUAAGAAACAACCUGAAAAAAAAAGUACGAGUAUACACGAAAAAACUAAUAGUGAUGAUUAG